UUACAACUCCUGCACCUCCCCAAAGGCCAUGGAUUCCUCUUACAAAACCUACAAGGAAUCGUCCUACCUGUAUUUUUACUGUGAUGUGCUACAACGUACUAUGCGAUAAAUAUGCUACUAGACAAAUGUAUAGUUAUUGUCCAAGUUGGGCAUUAAAUUGGGACUAUAGGAAAAAAGGAAUCUUGGAUGAAAUUAGACAUUACAGCGCAGAUAUUAUUAAUUUACAGGAAGUUGAAAUGGACCAGUUUUAUUCUUUCUUUCUACCAGAAUUAAAACAGGAUGGUUACGAUGGCAUAUUUUCUCCAAAAUCAAGAGCAAAAACAAUGGCAGAAAAUGAAAGGAAAUAUGUCGAUGGGUGUGCAAUUCUAUAUAGAACAUCAAAAUUUACGUUAGUAAAAGAACACUUAGUGGAAUUUAAUCAACUUGCAAUGGCCAAUGCUGACGGUUUAGAUCACAUGUUAAAUCGGGUUAUGCCAAAGGACAACAUUGGUUUAGCCGCUCUUUUACAAACAACGGAACCGGCUUGGGACAAUGUUCCCGCUGAUUCUAUGUUAGUUCAACAACCACUCCUAGUCUGUACAGCACACAUUCAUUGGGAUCCUGAAUUUUGUGAUGUGAAAUUAAUUCAGACAAUGAUGUUAAGUCAGGAAUUGAGGGCAAUAUUAGACGAAGCAGCUCAAACUUUGAAAGCUGCUGAAAAUAUGAAUAUCGAUGCGAGUAAUAUUCAAUUAGUAUUAUGCGGUGAUUUUAAUUCGCUUCCUGACUCCGGAGUAAUUGAAUUUCUUAGUUCUGGAAAGGUUUCAUUAGAUCAUAAAGAUUUUAAAGAUCUCAGUUACAAACAAUGCUUGGAAAAGAUCUCGAGCUGUGAUAAAUCCAAUGAAUUUGCACAUUCCUUUAAACUAGCAUCUGCUUACAGCGAGGAGACGAUGCCAUUUACAAAUUACACGUUUGACUUUAAAGGAAUUAUUGACUACAUUUUUUACUCAAAAAACACAAUGACACCUUUGGGGCUCUUAGGACCUUUAUCAGGAGAUUGGUUACGAGAUAACAAAAUCGUUGGCUGUCCACACCCUCAUGUCUUCUCAGAUCAUUUUCCCCUUCUUGCAGAACUGGAAAUGAUUCCAACAGUAUCGCCACCUGUGAACGGUAUUAUUGGUCAUAGGUAGCAACAGAUGUAGCCUAGUAGUUAGCCAUUGUCGCCUUGCUGUCUCAGUACCUGGCUGCAUCAUAUAGACAGUGCUCUCAUUCAAUUAAUAACAUUCAGAAAUUCACUCAUUAAUUUGGCUCACUUGGUACCUGACGUGAUCUAUUUAUGGUCUCCUGAAGCCUUCGAAAUCGUUUUCUAUUGUUCCUCACAAAUUUGUAUAGGGUGGAAUAAAAUUAUAUACGCACAGAAUGUUACAUAAGUCUCAAUCUGUAAAAAGAUUUUUACCUCUUCAUGCUGGACUUGUUUUUAAUAUGAGUUGUAGUCAAUUUUAAUUAAUACUUGAGCAAAAAUGUAGAGAUAGUAUAUUAACUAAUUGUCUUUAAACGCUUUUGUUUAAUGUAAAAAUUCAUAUGUUGUAUGUAUGUACUUGAAAAGUAUGUACAUAAUUUUAUUUUUUUAAUUAUUACAGAAAUACCUGUUAUGUUAGAGACUAUUUUACAACAUUGCUAUAUUCGCCCUACUUGUUAAGAAAUUUAUUCAUAACUUCAAAGAUAGUGCUGUAAUUUUUAAGUGAUAUUUUGUGAUUUAAGGGCAGAAGAGCAUAAAUACGAAUUAAUAAUUUCUUUAUUUAUGUUUAAUAAAAUAAAUUGUGAAAAAUUGUUCAAUUACAGCUUUAUACACAUCUUAGUCAUAUAACUAUUUACUUUUAAGCUUAUUUGUUAAGUUGAUGGUACGAUAUUUGCUCGUUUUCCAGGUGUGAUAACUUAUCAUAAAUGCAAUAGCAUUGAAUAUAUCAUCUCAUGCAAAAACUACACAUGUAAUUCACAUAUUUGAUCAGUAGCCAUAUUUAACGUAAGGUUAUUUUUAUAUGGGGCAAGUACAGUAUUAGGUUUGCAUAAGACUAGAACAAAUCACAAAGGGCAUCGAUGUGGAUUACAGUAGAAUAUUUUGUGACACGUAACGUGUAAGUCCUCUGGAAAUACUAUGUGUGAUCAUAAGUGACUUUUUUGUAGAACACAUGUAUUUUAAUACGUUUCUUUUUUAAUUAUAAGUUAAUUUUACAAUAUUUGACUGACUGAUGUGUAAAGAAACGUGUAAAAAAUCAUUGAUGCCAAUUAUUUCUGUAGCCAAGGCCCUUAAUAUUAAGACCAUUAUUACUACAUUUAGAUGAAAAAUACUCGCUAAUUAUCGUAUGGUUUUGUUAGGGCGUUUUGUACAUAUUCUUUAUAGAAAUUGUUAAUUCUACAGGCACGUUCACACCUGAUAUGUCAUUUCAUCAUUAAUAAGUGCGUACGAUUUAAACUCCCUUCAAGUUGUUCAAAAUUUUACACAAUAAUUAGAUUUACUGUUAAUGAAGUGUUGUUUGAAGUUUCUAUUUUUGCAGUGAAUAAAAAAAUUUAUUUGCCAA